GUACCCUCGCCUCCCAAGCCGGAGCUCAGAAGCGAACCCCUGGUACCGCAGAGCACGGAGGAGAUCGCGGGAGCAGGGGCACCUUUGUCGCACAUCCUGGGAAGCUUAUCCCAUGCUGCCGAUGAGGAAUGUUGGAAGCUGCUUCACGACCAGCUGGCGACGAUGCAUCAGGGCGUGCAGGAGUUUGCGAAGCGGAGCUGCCCCACGAGGCCGAUGCGGAAUGGAUCCGGGCCACCCGGACUGGUCCAGGAUCGGCGAUUCAAGCUGAGCCUGCCACCGCAAGCAGGAAACAGGCCAGCUGGGCAGGCUGGAUCGUUCGAGCCACCGCGGCUUCUUCGAGUGCCUACGCUUCCGGUGCAGUCCACGCAAAGGUGUCCAUCCAGAACGUCGUUGCAAAGGCAGACGUCGUGGCACUCUCCGCCGAGGACACCGAUCACGCCGCAUUUCCCUGUAGAGCCCACGCUGGCGCCGGCGCCGGCGACGCAGCCAGGGCUCCAGCGUCAGGCACCGGAGCAGGAGCUGCAGUGGCAGCACUCUGAUGAGGAUUCUAAAGUGACGCUGGUGAUGAAGCCAGAGCCUGUUACAGUCACAGAGAAGAUCAUCCCAGAUGAGCCGGAGGAGACGACUCAGGAGCCGGAGCUUUCACGAACACUGGCUAACUUUAUGCCAGGGCCCGUGACGCCCUCGCCUCCUGCCAUGCAGACUCUGCCUGGACCUCGUCCGCCUCUGCCGCCGGACCCUGCGCCGGUGCCAGUCCCUCGCAAGGUGGAGCGCUUCAUUCCGGUGCAGGUACCCUCGGUCACCACAACAAGGUUCCUUCCUGUGCAGCGCGCGGUCUCUGCAACGCCACAGAGGCCUUGCAUCAUCAGCGUGGGCCCGCCGCUGGCACCCCCAGGGGAGCGCGGUCGACCGGCCGGAAUUGUCGGGCAACCUUUGCAAAUGCUUCGGGCCUCCUCCGCUGGCCGUGUCGGCUGUAUCACCACACCUGCGGUGACUCCGCCGUUCUCCACGCCGAGGAGUAGUCACCGGGUGCCCUCCACGCCUCCAAACUUCCGGCCACCGCAGGUGAUGCAGGUGCCGCAGGUCGCACCGCUGACGCCUCGGUCGGACUCGCGCCCCUCAAGGCCUACGAGCAACCCAAACCUUGUGGUGGGCCCGUAU